AUGUCGCACUUGCAACAAAGGCCAUCACACGAUGCUACAUCAUGGCAAUUCAUCUCAAGCCACUUCGGCGACACAGCAACCAGCGUUCACAACGCAGACUUAUUCACUGGCGCAUUCGUCGCAAGCUGCAACACAUUCGCAUAUGGGAACGCCGGAAUGCGGGCAAGUGAUAUUGGCAACGGCUAUGGUUAUCGUCAAGGAUGCAACAAACUAGGCAGGGCUUUGCUAGACUCGUGCUCGCAAGUGAAUUUCAUCACGCAUGACUUCGCCCAAAAACUUCGCCUUAGUCGCGAAAAACAUCACGUUGGUAUACGUAGCAUUGGAAAUUCGCUGACGAACCUAAAGGCACGCACAACUACGACUGUCAAGUCGCGGACUUCGGACUUCAGUCUGUCUCUACAAUUCGGCAUUAUAACGAAUGUCGCCUGCCAACCGGAUGCUGAAAUCGAUACGUCGACGUGGAACCUUCCACGCAACACAACUUUGGCAGACGAGGAGUUCUUUAACCCUCGUCGUAUCGAUCUGCUCCUUGGAACAGAGGCAUUUUUCGAAGCACUUGCAGUUGGUCAAAUCCGGCUGGGAGCCAGUUUACCAACGCUGCAAAAAACGUUAUUCGGCUGGAUCGUUUCUGGCAGAUAUCAGCAACCACGUCAAGCGGAUGCAUCUACUUGCCUGAUGUCAUGUGAAGAUUGUAUCGAUAAAAAUAUACAACAUCUAUGGGACCUCGAAACUAUCACAACAGCAGUAAAACCCGUUCAUCCUGAACACAGCAUUUGCGAAGACCACUUUUUAGCUACCACGCAUCAGGAUGAAACAAGACGCAUAAUCGUAAGUCUGCCAUUCAAGGACAACCCGACUUGUCUGGGAAACUCCUUCGAAAUCGCUCGUCGCCGAUUCAUUUCGAUCGAGAGACGUCUUUUAAAAUCGCCUGACAUCCGUUCGCAAUAUAUUUCAUUUAUGGCCGAAUACGAAAACCUCGGUCAUAUGUCCGUUGUGGCAAACCAAAAUUUAGAUGAGCCUCAUUUUUACAUACCUCAUCAUUGUGUCCUAUAG